CACAGCGCCGCACCGAGGCCGGCCGGCUGUGCCCGCCCGCCUCGCCGGCCAUGCCAGCAUGAGGGCCCGCCUGGUAGCGCUGCAGCUGGUGCGCCUCUUCAUCAUCGUGGUCUGCCUGACGCUGAUGGUGCCGGCGGACGGCUUCUGGUGGGCAAUUGGAUCACCACUGUUGAUGGACCCCAACAAGGUGUGCCGCCGGCUGAGGCGUCUCCGAGAUCGCAGGUCGCGCAUCUGUCGCCGGCAGCUCGAGGUGGUCAAGGAGGUCCACAAGGGCGUCGCCAUGGCAACCAAAGAGUGCCAGUUCCAGUUCCAGAGCAGACGUUGGAAUUGCAGCACGAACAGGCGCAGUCUGAGGAGGAUCCUUCUGAAAGACCUGAAGGAGACGGGAUACGUGAACGCCAUCACGUCCGCGGGCCUGGUGCACGCCAUCACGGCCGGCUGCUCCCGGGGACAGAUGCUGGGCUGUGCCUGCGAGGUGCCGACCACCGUCCGCUCACCGUCGGUGCACCAGGACUGGACGUGGGGCGGCUGCGGCGACAACGUGCACUACGGCUACAAGAAGGCCAAGCAGUUCAUGGAGGCCCUCUUCAGACGUCGUGCCGAUGUGAAGACGCUCAUCAUGCUGCACAACAACGAAGUCGGGCGGCUGGCGGUGCGGCUUCAUCGGCGCAUCAUCUGCAAGUGCCACGGCCUCUCCGGCUCGUGCACGCUGCGCACAUGCUGGCGCAAGAUGCCGCUGUUCCGCGACGUCGGCGACCGCCUGGCAAUCAGCUACGACAAGGCUGCGCGCGUCAUCCCCGGCAACGACGGCAAGAGCUUCAUGCCCGCCCUCGACGGUGACCCGGCACCCAGCAACGGCACGCUCAUCUACGCCGAGCGCAGCCCCGACUUCUGCUUGCCGAGCAAGCCGCAGGGCAGCCUGGGCACGCGCGGCCGCCGCUGCCACCGCGCCUCCGGCAACUGCCGCGAGCUGUGCUGCGGCCGCGGCUACAACACGCGCCAGUUGAACGUCACGCAGAACUGCAACUGCCGCUUCAAGUGGUGCUGCGAGGUGCUCUGCGACCAGUGCACGGUCCUGGAGACGUUACACUUUUGCCGGUGAC